UGCACGUGCACGACAAAGUUGAGCGAAAACCAGUGCAGCAGAUCCUCAUUCCUGACUCGAUCCGUAGUUAUCGCUUUUGUGAACCAAACUAAGAAAUGGCUGGGACUUGGUCUAAAAUCUAAAUGGUUCGGCUCUUCGUCCCGUUGCGGUUGUGAAAACAUUGACCCAACUCCCCCAUUCUCAGGCUCAUCGCCAAAACCCUAAUUACGAGAACUUGACGAGCUCGACUCUAAUCGACUCCGGAUUUGAGUUUUUUUUUUUUUUUAAUUGUUUGUAGAAUUGAAUCUGGGAUUUGCUGGAGUAGUCCUAAUUCUCUUCAAUGACUUCGGCAAGGAGGAAUAAUUACAAAGAGAAGAUUCGUCGCAAGGAAGAGAAGCAGGAGGAACCAGAAGUGCCAAAAUAUAGAGACCGAGCAAAGGAACGGAGAGAGGACCAAAAUCCGGAUUACGAACCUACUGAAUUAGGGUCUUUCCAUGCUGUAGCGCCUCCUGGAAAUGUAGAUUUACGGUCAGCUGAUGCACACAAAAUAUCCAUUGAGAACAGCAAGUAUCUUGGAGGUGAUGUGGAACACACGCAUUUGGUCAAAGGAUUGGACUAUGCCUUGCUUCACAAAGUAAGGAGUGAGAUUGACAAGAAGCCGGAUGCUGGAGAGGAGGGAGAUGGAAAGUCUAGAAUGUCUAAAGAGGACCAACCACUGUCAUUUCGCACAGCGACUGCAAAGUCAAUUUACCAGUGGAUUGUCAAGCCUCAAACUAUUAUCAAAUCAAAUGAGAUGUUUCUUCCUGGUAGAAUGGCAUUUAUCUUCAACAUGGAGGAUGGAUAUUCUCAUGAUAUUCCAACCACACUUCAUAGAAGUAAAGCAGAUUGCCCAGUUCCAGAGGAGAUGGUUACUGUCAGUGUUGAUGGUUCUGUGCUAGAUCGAAUUGCUAAAAUCAUGUCAUAUCUUCGGCUUGGAUCAUCUGGAAAGGUUCUGAAGAAAAAGAAAAAGGAGAGAGAGAUGAAAGGAAAGAUUUCUGCUGCUGGCAAUGAAUAUGAUGAAGAUGAGAAGCUGCAGCAUGAUGGUGGAAAGCCAAAGAACCAAGAUGAAAGAGAAAGCAUACCAGCACUGCCUUCACGCAAAAUCCAUCCUGAUUCAAGAGAGAAACAAAUUCCUGUUGUUGCCAGAGCUGAAGAUGAUGACGUAUUUGUGGGGGAUGGCAUUGACUAUGCUGUUCCUAGUAAAGACAUGAGCCAGAGUCCUAUUUCAGAAGAUAUGGAAGAGUCUCCUAAGAAUAGGGAAAGGACAUCAUAUUUCAGUGAACCUGCUUAUGGCCCAGUCCCACCCUCAGAACCUACGCAGGAUUGGCAACAAACAAAUGGAUAUGAUGCUGUUCAAGCACAAGUAAUUGCAGGUGGAUACCCAACAGAGUGGCAGGACUAUCAGUACACUGAACAAUUAGCUUAUUCUGAACAAUAUCUUCAGCAAAACUUGCCAACCUAUGAUGCUCAGGCCGGGUUGAAUAUUCCACAAGAUCCACGCUUCAUGACUCAAGAAGAGAAGGAUCGUGGCCUAGGGUCAGUUUUCAAGAGGGAUGAUCAAAGGCUUCAGCAAUUAAGAGAGAAGGAUGCUCGGGAGAAAGAUCCAAAUUUCAUAUCUGAGAGUUACUCUGAAUGCUAUCCUGGGUAUCAAGAGUACAAUCGUGAAAUCGUUGACAGUGAUGAUGAAGAUGACUUGUCAAAAAUGGAUAUGGGUAGCCGGGCCAAGGGUCGUCUCCAUCGGUGGGAUUUUGAGACAGAGGAGGAAUGGGCAACAUAUAAUGAGCAGAAGGAAGCAAUGCCUAAAGCUGCAUUUCAGUUUGGUGUGAAGAUGCAAGAUGGUAGGAAGACACGGAAGCAAAACAAGGACCAAAAGCUCACCAAUGAGCUGCACAAGAUUAACAAGAUCCUUGCAAGGAAGAAGAUGGAGAAGGGUGAGAUCCAUGAUGAUGGUGGGCAGUACGAUGAUGUGCAACCUGGGAAGAAGCUUCGGAUAUGAGAUCAGGAUCAUGUUGGCUGAUGUCUUUUUUUUUUUGCCAUGCUGGCUGAAAGUUUGUAAUAUUAUGUCUAAGAUGCUUAUAUUUGCUGGUAAAAUGCACAAGAUGUGGUGCCAUGCAGUAAGAAGCCAAUUCUUUGCAGUGUUUAGCCAAGUGGUGGAAGCCAAUUCUUUGCAGUGUUUAGCCAAGUGGUGGAAGCCAAUUCUUUUGUGAGUGAGCCAACUCUCUUCUGGUGCAACUACUGAGAAUUCUAGAGUUCAGGCCUCGCAAAGCUUGGUGUUGCAAUUGUCUCAAGGAAUAUGAUAUUUCUAUUUGCCUAUUUUCUCUCUUAUUUAUAGAGUCAGGGAUGCAUGAAUUCAGAAAUGGUCUAACGAGACCUAUUUCCAGCCUCCAUGAUUGACUCUUUGUUAGUAUGCAAGUAAUUACCAUUUUCAGACUGUUGCUUUGUCAACAAUUUACA